CCUCUUUCUCUUCUCUUCCUCCGCUUCAAGUUCCUCAUCCUUUCCCCCUUCCCCCGCUUGUCGCAAGCAAAGCGCAUUUUAAUUGUUUUGCCCUUUCCCUGCUAUACCUGAACUACUCCAAAUCUCUUCACAUAUUCGCCUCCUGGCCGUGGCGCUUUUCUUGUUUUCACUUCUUGUCGAUACCCAAGCCGUGCCUUGCUUGAGCACUGCGAGUCUCUAUUUACACCUGAUUCAUCCGAUCUCGCUCUUACUGAAUACUUACUCUUUUCGUUAUCACUGAAUUGGCUUGACUCGAUCUUGCGAACCACCAACCACCCUCGAAACGCUGGACACAUUCCCUCUAUUCGCCACGCUCGUUCCCCUGUUUUACUAUAUCUACCACCGCAAUCAAGAUGAACGUCAACCGGAAGUUCGAUCGUUUCAAGCAAUGGGCUGGCGAGAGAAUGGGGGGUGAAGUUAAGACCAAUUUGUCAGAUGACUUCAAAGCCUUGGAAACGGAGAUGAACGUGCGCCACGAUGGUGUCGACCGCAUCCACAAGGCAACUGCCGCUUAUAUUAAGUCCAUUUCGAAGCGCAGCGAAGGCGAUGAUAAGGAGAAGACGCUGCCUAUCGCCCAUUUGGGUAGCAGCAUGGUUGGUCACGGUGAAGACUUCGAUGCAAACUCUGAGUAUGGACGUUCCAUGAUCAUGCUUGGUAGAGCGGAGGAGCGCCUGGCUCGCCUCCAGGAUGCCUACAUUUCUCAGGUGAAUGCAGGGCUGCUCGAGUCGCUCGAACACUCUUUAACCCAACUGAAAGACUACCAGACUGCCCGCAAAAAGCUUGAUGGUCGCCGUCUGGCAUACGAUACAUCGCUUUCCAAAAUGGAGAAAGCGAAGAGGGAAGACUUCCGUGUGGAGGAGGAGUUGCGGACUCAGAAGGUCAAAUACGAGGAGGCCAACGAUGACGUUUGCCGAAGAAUGCAGGACAUUAAGGACUCGGAAGCCGAGGGCGUAAUUAAUCUGGAGGCGUUUUUGGAUGCUCAACUGAGCUACCACGCAAAGUGCCAGGAGGUGCUGCUCCAGCUCAAGAGCGAGUGGCCUGGCAGACAACCUCUUUCCCAGACUCCUAAUGGCCGUCGUCCAGGCCGUCCCCGCUCCAACACCGCACACUCUUUCGCCGAUCGCUACGAGCCGUUGCACGAGGAGGAUCACAAUGGGGUGGAUGUCCGGCCGAUUAUUCGCUCCUCCCGGGCCACUUCGAUUGAACCGACGGGUAGAGAGGUCUAUCCGCCUGAUGCUUACUCGAGCCGGCCCGUACUGAGCAGGACCUCAACUUUUGAGGGCCCUACGCAAUUGCGCCAGGAUUCCACCUCCAGCCCGUAUCAGUGGCCGUCUCGGUCCGCCAGUGAGAAUUACAUUGGCCGCCGAAACAGCAGUCAAACGCGCCCUGCCGGUAGAGGUUAUGCUGAUCCGUACAUGGAUCCGUCUGAGGAUGACAGUCCACGCAGCGGCACUAGCCCAGAUCGAUCUUAUAUGGGACGCAACGAAUCGCCGGGGCCAUCCUAUGGCAGCGUAGUUACGAGAAGAUCCAGCUCGAACACCCUCAACAGCGCAUCAUUGCACAAGAAGGCCCCCCCACCUCCGCCCCCUCGCACUAAGAAGCCCGCCCCUCCCCCACCCCCUAUGAAGAGGGUGAUCCCAAUCGGAGGUGACGCGUAGGGUGUGGACGUUUCUGACGCAUAUGGUAGUCAGGUGGGAGGGCAUUAUGUGGGGUGUGGGUUGCUGAGCAAACCUACGUUGCUGCAAUUCUAUUUGAGUCUGAUUUACAUCCUGCUGGCAGGUGGUAUAAGAUAGUGGGUGGUCUUAAGUGAGAAAAGCAGUCUUCUCCUUCGUGGUGUAUCUUUGUAAAAGGUGACGCGACAGUGUUGUGAGCACUGGGGUUCUGAAUUGUACUGUACAGUGAAGGGAUUGCAUAGAACUGUUGUUCGCUAUGUCGUUAUGGGACUAGUUUGAUGGUUGGGAAAUCAAUUCGAUGCUUGAG